UCUGUCAAACGUAACGUUUACCAGCGUUUAAAAGGUUUAAAAAUCAAAAGUUCAGUUAAACGUGAGUGAUUGAAAUUUAAUUAUCCAGUUCGAAUAUUUAUACUAAGUGCGACAUUUGCUUUAUCAAGAAUAUUUAUUAGUCAUGGAACACUUACAAACACCUAUCAGAAAUAAAAACAUCUCAAAUAGAAUUGUAAUGUUACCACCAUCACCUUCUUUGAAACAGUUGGGUCACGGCACAGGUAUUACUGUUUACAAAAUGGAACGUAUACCUCAGACAGACAACAAAGCUUCCCCAUGGGCAAUCAAAAAAGUUGCUUCUUCAAUAGCCUCUAAAAAGACAGAAUACCAACAGCGUUUAAAGUAUGAAGCAGAAAUCUUAAGGAAACUGGAUCAUCCAAACAUUGUUGGCUAUCGAGGACUGGUAAAGUCAUUUGAUGGUACGGACUGUUUAGCAAUGGAAGAAUGUUCAAAAUGCUUGGGAGCCAUGAUUGAUGAACGUUUUGAAACAAUCAAUAUUCCUUUUCCUGCUGAAAACAUCUUAAAGGUAGCCUUUGAUAUUUCUAAAGCCCUUCUAUAUUUACAUGAAACUGUCCUUAUUUUACAUGGUGAUAUUAAAUCUUAUAAUAUACUGAUAAAAGGUGAUUUUGCGACAUGCAAAUUGUGCGAUUUUGGUGUAUCAAUGCCAAUAGAUUCAAGUGGAAAUCUUGAUUAUACUAAAACAGAUCCUGAGGCUGAAUAUAUAGGCACUACAUCGUGGUGUCCUCCAGAAAUAUUUCAGUGUCCAUCGAAAAUUACAACAAAGGCUGAUAUUUAUGCUUAUGGAUUGGUUUUAUGGGAAAUGAUGGCUUUAUCACCGCCGUUUUUUAAUGAUAAUAGCGCUAGUGAUCUUGAUACCACACAGUCAUCUGAUUCAUUAUCUAAUUUUGAACGUCCCCAAUUACCUCCUAAUGAUUUCGAUGAUUCAUAUACUUUAGUAAUUGAAUUAUUUUAUUGUUGCACUGAACUUGAUUACUUAAAAAGGCCUUCUGCAAAAGACCUCAUUUUAACUAUAAAAAACGCAAAAGCAAUAUAAUACAUUUUAUAUGUGGAUAUAUUGUAAUUAAAAUCACACAAGAGUCUUCUGCACAGAUAAUAUGGAAGUUCGUUUCUU